AUGAAUAGGUUAGUUAUUAAACUAGGGUUGGAGACGAACUCAUUAAAGCGUCCAUUAUGGGAGCAGGAAAAAGAAACUAAACUCACAACAUCUGUAAACCAUGGUUACUGUCACAGAGAAAGAGUUUGCAAGAAAAAUGUAAAAAAACAGAGACAUAACAUUUAA